CAUUCCUAAACCGCCGAUGGUAGCAUUGACUGGUGCUUGGUGCUUAGCUCGGUUGUAAAGUGUGGGAAAAAAGCGGGGAUGUUGUUUUGCUCACUCAUGGCCGGGUACUCUGCACAACGCUUUUGUUGUUUUGCUCCAGCGCCAUUUGAAUGCAUGACGUUUUCCCUCCUUUCUGUCACUCGUAGCUGAUCUAUGCUAGCCAAGCUAACGUUAAAGAAACACGACAAGGCUGACUUUUUUUUUUUAAACAAGAAGUCAACAUUUUUCAGCUUUUUUUUGCCUGCCAACCAGUGUGAUAUAACAGGUGGAAGACAAUGCCAGGUGUAAAGUACCAGAAAGGGGACAUCGUGAUGGGCCGCUGGCCGGGUAGCAACCUGUACUAUGAAGUCAAGGUGUUGGGUUUUGAUGCCAAUAGUCAGCUCUACACGGUCAUCUACAAGGAUGGAACAGAACUGGAGCUCAAGGAACAGGACAUCAGGAGUUCUUCCGGCUUCCAGCUCCGUACCCGCUCUCGUUCUCGCUCCCAAUCACCGGGCCGCCGUCGCAGCCGCUCGCGUUCCCCGGCGAGAACCACACGCCGCUCCUCCUCGCGUGCGGCGGCGGCCGCCGCUGCCGCAGCGAUAAACGAGAGCGCACCGUCGUCGCGCAAGGAAACAAAAUUGAAGGACAUGGUUGAAGUCCGACUCGUUCCUCUGGCUAUUGAGAACAACAGCAACAAUAAGCAUGAAAAGAAAGAGGAGAACAAUACGGCUACUAAGGCAAAUGAGAAAUCUGAGACAAAGAGGGAUUCGGAGCCUGAGAAGAACGUUGGCCGAUACAAUCUACGCCGCAGGAAGGACGAGGCCAGACUUGAGAAGAAGGAGGAAGCCAACGUGGCUCCUGCACCCACACCAAUGGUGUCCGGCCCACUGGACUUUGGCGGCAAGAUAGGAGCGUACUUCUGGCUGCUCUUCCUGCCGUCCUGGGUUCUCUUCGUGGUUCUCCAAGUUAAUUUAAAGGACCCCAGCUUGGCCAACUUCCCACCUCCUGUACCUCCCCUUGAAGCUUUCUGGGAUGCACAGGCCCUGGGCUUUGUUGUACUGUGGAUCUUAUUCCAGGCCAUCCUCUACAUCCUGCCCGUGGGAAAGCUGAGCGAGGGCAUGCCGCUGAGGUCCGGUGAGAGGCUAAAGUACAGAACCAAUGGUUUCUUUGCCAUCGUAACGAGUGCUGCAGUGGUUGCAGCUGCAGUCAAUCAGGGCGUUGACCUCACCUACAUCCACAGCCACUUCUUACAACUCUCCGCAGCCACCUUCCUCAUCUCCGUCCUGCUCAGUGUCUACCUGUAUGUCAGGUCUCUCUAUGCCGCCCCGGACCAACUGGCACUUGGGGGAAGCUCUGGUAAUGUGGUUUAUGACUUCUUCAAGGGACAUGAGCUCAACCCCCGCAUCAAAAACUUUGAUUUGAAAUUCUUCUGUGAGAUGCGUCCGGGAUUGAUUGGCUGGUGCUUGAUCAACUUUGCACUUGCACUGGCCGAGAUGAAGCAACAGGGUCUGGCCUCUCCAUCCUACGCCAUGAUACUGGUCAACGUCUUCCAGCUUCUCUAUGUGGUGGACGGCCUCUGGAACGAGGAGGCCAUCCUGACCACCAUGGACUUGAUGCACGAUGGCUUUGGCUUCAUGCUGGCCUUCGGAGAUCUGGUGUGGGUCCCUUUUACGUACACCCUGCAGGCUUAUUACCUGGUUAGCCACCCGAAUGCACUCAGCCUCCCAGCUGUUGCCGCCAUCGUCUUGCUGAAACUCGUUGGCUUCUACAUCUUCCGGAAAUCCAACUCUGAGAAAAACACCUUCAGGAGAAGCCCAUCAGACCCCAAACUGUCACACCUGAAGACCAUCCCAACGGCAACCGGGAAGAGUCUUCUGGUGUCCGGCUGGUGGGGGGUGGUCCGUCACCCCAACUAUCUUGGAGACCUCAUCAUGGCUCUGGCCUGGUCUCUACCCUGUGGAUUCGGUCAUCUGCUGCCGUGGUAUUACAUGAUCUACUUCAUCAUCCUGCUGGUGCACCGGGACUCCCGCGACAUGAGCGAGUGCAGGAGGAAGUACGGCUCGGCCUGGGACGAGUACUGCCGAACGGUACGCUACCGAAUCAUCCCGCGUGUCUACUGAGGAGCUCGGUGCUGGACACUCGUGAGUGAUCUCCGCGAAAGUUUUUAAUGAUUCGCUAUUCAAAACCAAGAAGAAUUGGAACGCUUGAUUGUGGACGUACCGCCGUGCAUUUCAAGUUUUACAUAGGAACCAAUAAGGACUUUUGUUGGCCUCAUGAGACUUCUUAAUGCAAGAGAAUGAAAGAAGAAUUGGACAUUAAGGAUGUAUAUUUUUGUACAUACACAUUUCUUUUUAUACUUAGGGUGGAAUGAAACCACUUGUGUUUUUUUUUUUUUUUUUUUUUUUUUAGCUCCAACACAACACGCUCCUCAUCCAAAUGUUAAAAUCAGUUGAAAAAUUGCAAGAAUUGACAUUUUGCACUGUUGGAUCCUAAGGAGAGGCGGGGUACACCCUGGACUGGUGGCCAGCCAAUCACAGGGCACAUAUAGACAAACAACCAUUCACACUCACAUUCAUACCUAUGGACAAUUUGGAGUGGCCAAUUAACCUAGCAUGUUUUUGGAAUGUGGGAGGAAACCGGAGUACCCGGAGAAAAUCCACGCAUGCACGGGGAGAACAUGCCGAGGUUGGAAUUGAACCCGGGUCUCCUCCAUAAUAUUAUGUGUUUCAUUAAUAUGAAUCACAACAAACAUCACUUUGUCAAUGAAAUCACUGUAGGGGUUAAGUUUGCAAGACGGCUGCAAAGCGCCUGAGUGGUUAGUGCACAGGCCACACAGCUAGGAGACCUGAGUUCAAUUCCAUCCUCUGCCAUCUCUGUGUGGAGUUCUCCCCUCGUGCACGCGUGGGUUUCCUCCCACAUUCCAAAAACAUGCUAGGUUAAUUGUCCACUCCAAAUUGUCCAUAGGUAUGAAUUUGAGUGUGAAUGGUUGUUUGUCUAUAUGUGCCCUGUGAUUGGCUGGCGACCAGUCCAGGGUGUACCCCGCCUCUCACCCGAAGAGCCUCCUUUAGAUCCAACAGCUCAAAUUUUUUUUACAUUUUGAUCAGGAGUGUAUUGAUAUUUUUAAACACAAUUUUGGCUUGUUUUCAAUGAUUAUGUUAUAAUGUGAUGAUAUACAUUGUGAAGGAUGGGAUGGAAAUAAGCUGUACUGUGCAACCACACCUCUCUCAGGACUCAUUCCUGUAGGAAUUUUAUAGAUGUGUCGUGUUUGACUUUAGUUUUUUUUAUAUAUAUAUAUAUAUAUAUAUAUAUAAUUCCUUGGUGUACUUGAUUUGAUUUAGAGCUUCCGGGUCACUUGCAGUCCUGUAGCUCCGCCCACUCCAUUCCCAAUUUGUAGGCCAAUAAUAAUGAUGAUGAACAUGUCUUCCAGCGCAUGAUUAGCUUUUAGUGGCAGUCUCUCAUAGUCUUGCUGUUACUGCCACCUCAGUGAGUUUAUCUCCUGUUGAGGCUUUACAUGUCAGUCAUGAGGUUAGCAUGGAGAUGCCAUGCUAACUUGUUAGCUAACUCGCCAGUAUUAGCAGCAACCCCGAGGACCUUUCAGUUUGCCAUGUAAAUAUUUUUUGCUCUUUUAGAUGCUAUUCUAGUGGUAGUACCGAUUCCACACGCAUAUUUAAUGUUGCUUUUCUUGUUUGUUUUUUUUUAUUUAAUUUGGAUCAUUGUAGUUGUUUACAGCUAGAUCUGCCAUAUUUCUACUCUGUAUUAAAAUACAUUCUACAGUA